UUUACAUAAAUUUGUCAUACGUUUCGCCACAAACCCAACACUUAACUCUCUCUCCUCUUUCUCUCUCUAGAAUCUUUGAAUGGUAUCCAAAAACCCGAACCCGCCGGAGGGAUUCUACUUGGAUCCGACUGGCAUGGCUCUCCCAGGGAUGCCUCCCUUCGCCUCCGUCUCUGCCGCUGCUGCAGCCGCCGUCUCCGCCUCCAACUCCUCGGAAGAUGCAGCCAAGAAGAUCCGCAAGCCCUACACUAUCACCAAGUCGCGGGAGAACUGGACCGAACCAGAACACGACAAGUUCCUCGAAGCCCUUCAACUGUUUGACCGUGACUGGAAAAAGAUUGAAGCAUUUGUUGGAUCAAAGACUGUUAUACAGAUACGUAGUCACGCACAGAAAUACUUUCUAAAAGUUCAGAAGAGUGGAGCAAGUGAACAUCUUCCGCCACCCAGACCUAAAAGAAAAGCAGCACAUCCAUAUCCCCAAAAAGCUUCCAGAAAUGCUCCUGUACUCCCACAAGUAUCGGGAUCUUUUCAAUCUUCAUCUGCUUUGCUUGAACCUGGAUAUAUCCUGAAGAAUGAUUCCCCAGCAAUGCUUAAAAUUCCUAUGAACACUGUGGUGUCGUCCUGGUCAAACAACACCUUGCAAACUGUCAAUUUAUCCCCUGUGACAAAAGUGAAUAAUCCUUGCAGUAGUGGUGAAAGCACUCCUAAAGUGCGCCCAGCUGGUGAAUCUAAUGGUCAAACACCUCAUCAAGGGAAUAAAAUCCAUCCAUUGAGAGUUCUUCCAGAUUUUACUCAGGUAUAUGGUUUCAUUGGCAGUGUAUUUGAUCCAAAUGCAACUGAACAUCUGCAGAAACUAAAAAAGAUGGACCGUAUAGACGUUGAGACAGUGCUACUGCUAAUGAGAAACCUGUCGAUCAAUUUAACUAGCCCAGAUUUUGAGGAUCAUAGGAAGUUGCUUUCAUCAUAUGAGGUUGAACCAGAGAGAAAUAACUAUCAAUGUGGAUAGAGCAUGCACAAUAAGAAGUUGAAGAGUGCUAAUGAGAUGGAAGCAGAAAAUGGCUUCUUUUUCCAUCAAUUGGUGUUACUAUCUUCCAUGAUUUGGUAAGAGCUCAUGGAAAGGCACAAGGUGGAGAUGUUGGAGUCACAGCUAAAUUUUUACCCUGCUCUUGGUUUUUUUUUUUUUGCUGUUUCUCAUCACUGUAGCUAAGGAAAUCGUUAAUUCUCAUAAUUCAAUCAUGACUUUGUGUAUAUAUGAAUCAACCUUUGAAAAAGAAAACAAUAAUGUGAGAAUGUAUAGCUAUUUCUUAGUUUUAUGUAGGUCUGUAUAGCACCCAAUAGUGUAUUAAAUUCAACCAAAUAUCAAAUAUUUGGAAACAAGAAUGUUAUAUUCUAGUUUUGUGAAGGUCUGUGCAGCACCUAAUAUUUC